AUGUUUACCCACUCUUCUAUUCCUGCCAUUACCAUUAACGGCGAAGAUCUAUCACAGGCCUAUGAGGCAUCUUCCAUUGCAAACGACACAAGCAGCCAAGAAGCUAUCAAGGAUGGACUUCACUCAUGUCCCAACACGCUACAGGGUAAUGCCCCGGUUGUGGCACCUACAAAGAAGCGCUGUGAUGUUCUCAGAAAAGUCAUAAGAGGCACAUCAAAGGUAAUCAAAGCCUUCACCAGUACGUAUAAUCUCCUCCACAAGAUCUGGGAUCAAAGAAUAGGUGCUGAUCUGCCUUUCAAAACUCCUGCAGGAGUUUAA